AUGCCAGGCCUUUUCCAAAAGAUUCUCUUAUCAGCUGCCCUGCUCGGGCUGGCAGUUGAAGGCGCUCCAAGCACAGCAACCAAGCAGCAGGGCAAUGGCCCGAAAGCCAUUUACUUCCUAACCAACAAUGCUCAAAAUGCUGUCGUUGCGCUACCAGUCGGAUGCGAUGGAACGCUAUCUCGUGGAUCCGUCACCGGGACUGGGGGUAAAGGAUCAAACUCAAUUGAUAUGGGCACAAACUUGCCCGCUGGCCCAGACGCAUUGAGUAGCCAGUCUGCACUCAAAGUGUCCGGACAGUAUUUGUUUGCUGUGAAUGCCGGCUCCAACUCCCUCACUAUGUUCUCGAUUUCCGCCAAAGACCCAACAAAACUCACCGCACUAGGCCAGUCUGCUUCCGUCCCAGGCGACUUUCCUGUCACCGUCGCAGCUUCCGCCAAGAACAACCUUGUGUGUGUUGGCACCACAGGAGCCAAAUCGGGAGUCUCUUGCACAUCUUUCUCUUCGCAGGGCCUCGGCAAGAUGGACGCCCUUCGCCCAUUCGGCCUCGGCCAGACCACACCACCCGUCGGCCCAUUCAACACUGUCUCCCAAGUUUUCUUCUCCGGUGACGAGUCUGUCCUCUUCACAGCUGUCAAGGGCAACCCUCCUGCGAACAACACAGGCUUUAUCUCUGCAUUCCCAGUCAACGCCAAAUCUCCCUGUGGAGGCGCAAUUACUACUCUGUCGACGACCGAAACGCGCAGCUCCCCUGCCGGCACCGCUGUCCUGUUUGGCUCCGCAGCAAUUCCUGGCAGCACCUCACUCUUUGUGACGGACGCUUCCUUCGGUGCCGCCGUCCUCGCUGUUGACUCGAGCGACAAGACCACCCUGACAGGGAAGGGCGUCAUCGCCGAUCAGUCUGCUACGUGCUGGGUCGCCAUAUCCGACGUCACUGGAAAUGCUUAUGUUACCGAUAUUGCUGUGAACCACAUUGUUGAGAUGAGCACUAAGGAUGCUAGCAUCAUCAGCUCUACUGAUCUAUCUGCGAACGGCGGCACUGGACUUACCGACAUUGCGUCGGGAGGGAACUUUUUAUAUGCCUUGAGCGCGGGGGAUGGAAAGGCCAAGGCGACAGUGACAGUUUUGGACGUCUCAGGAGGAAAGGUGAAACAGGUCCAGUAUUUCGAUGUCAGCUCGACUGGCGCGGGCAAGAAUGCGCAGGGGAUGACAUUGCUUAUGUGA